GAAGCGCUAACAAUAUUCAAUUAAACAGUCGAAUUCAAUUAUUUUAGUUAUGUUUUUUUUUUCCUUCCCUUUCUUCAGUCGUGCUUCCAACUACAUCACCUCACCUCUACUCUCUCUCUCUCCUCCUUUUUCACCCAUGAAGAACCAACGACUACUUCUCCAUUUCUCACCAUCAUUCUCCAUUGAAAUCCCUUCCUCAUUUCUCUCUCUUCCCUUUUCAAUCCUUAACGGGGGAGACAUUUGAGGUAGAAGACUGAGAAAUUCCAUCAAUGGCGACCCAGAAAUCGGGUAAGGAGAGGCAAACAUGGCAGACUACAUCACCUUCGUCAUCGUCCUCAUCAUCGUCAAAUGUAUCGGGUAAUUCUCUUAAUAAAAGUGCUAAUGGUCCUAUAAUCCAUCAAUCCAAUCGAUCUAAGGCGCCUGCUACGGCGAAACGGUCCGUAACCCCGAAUUCUAGGGCUCAUGAUUCGAAACGCUCUGUUACUCCGGUUCCGAGAAGUCAUAACAAUGCCGGAGAUGUUGAUUUUAUCAAAGCACCAAACACCAAGCGCCCUGUUACUCCUCUUAAUAGAAGCAAUUCUAUUGUUGCUCAUGACCCAGAACCCGGAAGAGUCAGAGUGGCUGUUAGGCUUCGGCCAAGAAAUGAUGAAGAUCUUGCUUCAGAUGCAGAUUUUGCUGAUUGUGUUGAAUUAUUACCUGAGCUAAAGAAACUGAGUUUGAAGAAAAACAACUGGAGUUCCGAAUCUUAUAAAUUUGAUGAAGUAUUUACUGAAUCUGCUUCCCAAAAGCGCAUUUAUGAAGUUGUAGCAAAACCUGUUGUUGAGAGUGUGUUGAGUGGCUAUAAUGGGACAAUUAUGGCUUACGGUCAGACAGGUACUGGGAAGACUUACACUGUUGGCAACCUAGGCAAAAAUGAUGCAUCAGAGCGUGGCAUCAUUGUUAGAGCUGUAGAAGACUUAAUUGCAAAUACAUCUCUUUCUAAUGAGAGCGUGGAGUUCUCCUACGUACAGCUGUACAUGGAAACAAUUCAAGAUCUACUUGCACCUGAGAAGGUUAAUAUUCCGGUUGUUGAGGAUGCUAAAACCGGGGAGGUGUUGUUGCCCGGUGCUUCAGUGAUUAAAAUUCAUCAUCUUGAUCACUUUAUGGAACUGCUUCAAUGUGGUGAGGCAAAUCGCCAUGCUGCAAAUACCAAGCUCAACACAAGCUCUUCGCGCAGUCAUGCUAUAUUAAUGGUUUCUGUUAAAAGGCCCAUUGUUGGGAAAGGUAAAAAUGUUACUUGUGAAAAAGUGGCUGCUACUGAAGCACAGAGUGAUAUGGGCGUAGAUAAGAUACGAAAAGGCAAGCUGCUAAUUGUGGAUCUUGCUGGAUCUGAAAGGAUUGACAAAUCCGGCAGUGAAGGACUAUUGCUUGAGGAGGCUAAAUUUAUCAAUCUCUCUCUCACUGCGUUGGGAAAAUGCAUAAAUGCAUUGGCUGAAAGCAGUCCUCAUAUCCCAACUCGAGAUUCCAAGUUAACAAGGAUUUUGCGUGAUUCAUUUGGGGGCUCUGCUAGGACCUCUUUAAUAAUUACAAUUGGGCCUUCAGCACGUCAUCAUGCAGAAACAACUAGCACAAUAAUGUUUGGGCAAAGAGCUAUGAAGGUAGUAAAUGUAAUGAAGGUGAAAGAAGAAUUUGAUUACGAGAGGCUUUCCAGAAAGCUUGAAAGCCAAGUCGACCAUCUUACUGAAGAAAUUGAUAGGCAACAAAAGAUGAGAGACAAAUAUAAAAAUGAAAUGGAGAAGAAGAUCAAAGAGUUUCAACGUUCAUCCGCUGAGGAAGAAAAGAGGCUAAUUGCAAGGUCUGAGAUCCUAGAGAAGGAAAAUGCUCGUUUGGAGCAGGAUAUGAAAGCUAUGUUGGAUGAAUUAAAUCAUCAGAAAGAGUAUAAUAAAUUAUUGCAUGAUGAAGUGGCACGUCUAGAAAUGGGUAUAGAACAAUACAAGCAAAAUCAUCAAGAAAACUCGACAUACCAGAAAGCUCUUGCAGACACUACUCAGAUGUAUGAAAACCAAAUAGCAGCAUUGAUUGAGCAGUUGAAGGAUGAGCAAGCUCGCUAUGAAAGAGCUGGAAAUCAAUCAGAUGUCUUGAAGGCGCUUUUGAGUGAUCACGAGGGCUCCAUGAAGCUAUUUCAAACAGAAAAUUCCAAACUGAAGAAGGAGCUGCUUGAUGCCAAGGAAACUCAUGAGAAGGCUAUAGCAGAGUUACGUAAAAAAUUAGAUGACAUGUAUUUUCGUUGUGAACAUGCUGAGAAGCAAGUGGACUCUCUUAGAAAUGUCUCAAGUGAUCAGACUACUGAACAAAAAUUGCUCUUAGAAACCAUCCAGUUGUAUGAGGAGAAAAUAUCUAAUUUAGAGAAGCGUUUUGAAGAUGAGCAUGCUUGUCGUGAACAUGCAGAGGAACAGAUGGAAUCAUUGAAGAAACAUCUCUGUGAAGAGAAAUCAAAUCAGGAUCAGGUGAAGAGCAAGAUUAAUGAUUUGACAGAAAGAUUGGAAGAAAAAGACCAGAGUUAUCGAGAUGCUGUUGAUAAAAUGCAGUGUCUGCAACUAGAAAAUGCGAAUUUGCUAUCAGAUAAGGAAAAGUUCAAGGAUGAACUUGAUACUUUAAAGGAGAAAUUCUUGGUGGAGGAGAAGCAAAGGAUGACACUUGAAGCCGAAUUGGUCAAGUUAAAGAAAUGUUUAUCAGCAAAUAGUGAAGGCAUUGAGGACAAGAAAUCAUAUGCCAAACAGCACAUGAAAGAAUCAUCAUCAUUCCGGUCAGCCAUGGGUUUAAAUAGGUCUAUAUCUGGCCAGAGGGCAACAAUUGCCAAGAUCUGUGAAGAAGUUGGGCUUGAAAGGAUACUAAAAUUGUUAUCAUCUGAAGAUAUUGAAGUUCAAAUGCAUGCACUAAAGGUUGUAGCAAAUCUUGCUGCUGAAGAUAUUAACCAGGAGAAGAUUGUGAAUGAGGGAGGCCUGGAUGCCCUGCUUAUGUUAUUGCAGACAUCUCAAAAUACCACUAUUCUUAGAGUGGCUUCUGGUGCUGUUGCUAAUUUGGCUAUGAACGAGACUAAUCAAGGCUUGAUAAUGAGCAAGGGAGGUGCUCGUCUUUUGGCAGAUACAACAACAAAAACAGAUGAUCCCCAAACUCUGCGAAUGGUGGCUGGAGCAAUUGCAAAUUUAUGUGGCAAUGUUGCAUUACAUUCAGCACUCAAAGAUAAUGGAGGGAUUAAGGCACUUUUGAGCAUGGCUGGUUCUACAAAUAUUGAUGUUGUUGCACAGGUAGCCAGGGGAUUGGCCAACUUUGCCAAAUGUGAAACACGAGAGGUUAUACAGGGUUAUAGAACAAGUCGCUCACUUCUUAUGGAAGAUGGUGCGCUUACAUGGUUGAUUGUCAACUCAAAGACUGCCUCUGAAUCAACUAUUCGCCACAUGGAACUUGCCCUUUGUCAUUUAGCACAAAAUGAGGGUAACACACAAGACUUCAUAGCAACUGGGGGAUUGAAGGAGGUGAUUCGAAUAUCGUCUGAAUCUGCCAGAGAAGAUAUCCGCAAUCUGGCUAAGAAGACCUUGAAAUUGAAUCGAAUGUUUCAAGCACAAAUGUCAGCUGACUAAUAAUAUCAGGUGUAGAGUGUGGUGCUUCAUCCUUAGGCUUUUACUUCAUGUUUGUAAAAUAGUGUAUAUUUUUCCUGAUAAAGGUUUGCUAGUGAUGGAAUGUAAAUUGUUCGAUCAGUAUGGAUAACUCUAAACAGAAAUAGCUUUUGUGUUGGUACUAAGGUAUUAGCAGGAAAUUCAUUUCAUUUUUAAUUAACUUACCUAGUUUCUAGCCCCGGGCUAUUACAUGUAUUAUAAUAAUUGUUUUGUUAGCGGUAUUUAUAAACACAUGUUUUUUUGUUU